AUGAUCUUGUUGUUUGUUGGCCAGCUGCAGUGUACAUUACUUGACAUUCACACCAUCCUCAACUUCAUCAAAGUUCUUCAUCCACUUCUCCUAAACCCACCCUCAUGUCCUGUGUGCAUCAAUCUGAUCUGGAUGGGGUGCUUCAUAAAAGAUACCCAAGUAUGUGAGUCACUAUAUUUUGUAGGGGUACCUGUUUGGUUGUAUUGCAGGGAAGCAUUCAUCCCUCCAACCAUGAACAUUGUCCAACUUGUGUGGAUCACAUAUGCCAACCAUAUUGUUAAGGCCAUGUAUACAGAAAAUGGGAUAGCUAAGCCAUUUCAAAUUCUUCCAUACUUGCUGUAG